AUGCCGCCGCCCAAAUUGAGCCAACCGAUUACUUCCAUCCAAGGGGUGAGGGUGGCUGGAUCCUCGUCCAUCUGGGACAUCAAUCUCCAAUGCCCAUCAAACUCCUCUCGAGGCACCAUCGCAUCCGUCACCCCGCAUGCGAAUUCCUUGGAUUGUUCUGAUCAACUUGAGUGUCCACUGGCCUUGCCAGCUUUGACACAUCCGCAUAUUCAUCUGGAUAAGGCAUUUGUCCACAAUGCACGUGAAUAUGUGGAUUUACUUCCCUGCGAAGGCACGUUUCAAGAAGCAUUGUCCUUCACUACGAAAGCCAAGCAGCAGUUUACGCUUCCUGAUAUUCUUAAGCGAGGCGAGUGGCUCCUGGCUGAAUCCGUCUCAUCUGGAGUCACGGCGAUGAGAGCCUUUGUGGAGGUGGACCAUACUGUCAACUUGACCUGUGUGGAUGCUGCCGUGACGCUGAAACGCCAGUGGCAGGAAGUCUGUGAGAUCCAGGUAGUGAGCUUUGCGCAAGAUCCUCUCUUCUCCACUCUCCAUGGCGAGGAGAAUAGAAGCCUAAUUGAAGAGGCGCUGGGGCGCUUCUCUGAGAUCGAUGUGAUCGGAACGACACCGUAUGUGGAAUCCACCGCCGAGGCGGCCAAAAGCAAUAUCGAUUGGGCAAUCGACCGUGCCAUGCAGCUUGACAAACAUCUUGAUUUUCAUCUUGACUACAAUCUGGACCCCAACCGGGAGGCGUUGCUCUGGCAUGUGCUGGAGGCCCUCCAGCAGCGUGGUUGGACCGCCUCCAGCACCCGGAGGAGAGUGAUGCUGGGCCACUGUACCCGCCUCACCCUGCUCACCGACGAAGAAUGGAGCCGCGCAGCACAAAUUAUCCGGGACCAGGACCUGCCGGUGAGCUUUGUCGGCCUGCCCACCAGCGAUCUCUACAUGGCCUCGCCGCCAGACCCGGUGAUCUCUCACCACCGACCCCGGGGCACCUUACGAGUGCCGGAGAUAAUUCGCCGGCACGGGCUGGAUGCCGUCCUAGGCGUCAACAAUGUGGGCAACGCCUUCACGCCCUGGGGGUCGGCAGACCCGUUGUUCCUCGCGUGUGUCGGUGUGGGCGUCUAUCAGGCCGGGACGCAGAGCGAUGCUGCCCUCCUGUACGAGUGUGUCUCUACGCGCGCGCGAGCUGCUAUUGGACUGGCUCCGUCGGACCCAAGUCUUGUCUUGCAGACCCAGGGAUCUGCUGAUCUCUUGCUGUUUAACAAUCACGACGAUACUGGCUGUGGUGUAUUCCGCCCACGCGCUAGCGUGGCUGAGGUCGUAUGGGAUCCUCCGGUGCGAUCCAACCGCCAUCUGAUUGUCAACGGGCGACGAAAAAUCCCCCAGCAGGGGUUGGCUUCAAAUACGGCGGUAUAUCGGUUUAGACACUGA